GUGCAGCCGCCGAUCGCAGUCGACGUGAAGAAUCGAUCGCGAACGCGCGCGCGCACUCUCUCAGAACAAUCGUGGCAUGGCUUGCUCAAAGUUAACAAAGUUGGUGAUCUUGGCGUUGGUUGGCCUACUAGGAUCACCGGUGGAAGCCCAGUACGAUGGCAGUUUUUGGUGGAUGAAUCCACACUUGAUCAAACGUGCCGAAGAACUUCGCGAGGAAAAGGACGUGAAGGCGGUCGUCGUGAACAAUCAAACCGAAGCCGAGUCGAUCCGCCUGAGCGGGGACACCUACACGGACACCACCGGCGACUCACCGGACUGCAUCUGCGUUCCGAGCGACCGCUGCAACAGCACCGUUUCCGGUCAACAGGGCAGAGACGGUCUCUGCGGACCAGGAAACACGUGCUGCCGACGCAACCAAAUCAUCCAGCUCCAGCAGCAGCAUGCUGCCCCCGUUCAACCCUCACCCCGCCAACCACCUGGCGUAUCAACUCCACGCCCACUUCCAACCACAGGAACCACAAACCACUCCCAUCCGGGCGGUUCCUCGAUCCCUGAUUUGGCUCUGCUCUCAGAAAUAUCCUCCCUGCUUCAAGAAUUCAACGCCCAUGACCUGCAACUCGAGCCGGAUGCAGAAUUCAUUUUCGACGUGACUCCAGCGCCAGCUGCGACGACUUCCUCUACUAGCAGGGCUGUGGUGUCAACUACCAGUCCUCGACCGGUGGCCCCGAAACCGAAAAAGUGUGGCCAACGUCGGGCCGCGAUCGCCAGUCGGGUGCACUUCAUCGACGAAGACGAGGGGAUUGAGCAGCGACUCGACGGGAUGGCCAAUUUUGGGGAGUUUCCGUGGACCGUGUACGUUCAGGAACGGGUUGCAAAUGGUAGCUUCGCGUACAAAUGUGGCGGAGCGCUGAUCACAUCCGGUGCGGUCAUAACGGCUGGACACUGCGUGGCGAAUGCCCGCAGCAAUCCGGCCAGCUUCCAGAUCAUCGCUGGAGACUGGGACCGUCGCCAUACGCGAGAACGACUCCCCUCUCAAAUUCGUCAAAUCGAUCGAAUCGUUCUUCACCCCAACUACUACUCCGGAUCGCUGUACAACGACGUCGCCAUCUUGAUUUUCAACCACCUGUUGAACGAAUCCACCGCGAACGUGGCCAACAUCUGUCUGCCCUCAAUCGGUGAAAACUUCCACGGCAGUAACUGCCUGCUGUCCGGUUGGGGCGCUACCCCGCGAACUCCAGCCCAGGAAGAGCCCAUCCAGCGGUUCGUCACGAUGCCACUGGUGGAUCCGCGAUCCUGUGAAGUGCAACUGCAGCAGACCAACUCUCUGCGAGGGAAACGGUUCCGGAUGCACGACAGCUUCGAGUGUGCCGGGGGUGUCAAGGGACGGGACUCGUGCAAGGGGUCCGGCGGAAGUCCGCUGGUUUGUGAAAAGGGCGGCGCGUACGUGCUGGCCGGGAUCAUGUCCUGGGGUGUUAGCUGUGGCGAAGGAGUUCCGGCGGUGUUUGCCAACGUGGUGUACCAGGCGGGGUGGAUAAGGGGGGUGAUUGAUGAGUUGGAGGAUAAUGUGGUGUAUUUUGUGUAGUGAUUAGAGAUAGAGUCAUUUAAACGGUGAUAAUUUAUUAAUGUUUUGUGUUAUGCAUUGUAAAUAAGUUCAAUAAACAUGUUUUUAAUCAAACCUUGA